UGCGUAUUUCAGCUGAGAGUCUAAAUAAAAAAGCUUACAUUGAUUGGCUGUUUUACAUUUUAACAUUUCAACAACAAUUAACCAUUGUGAAUUUUUAAUUUGUUUCAUUUAAACAUUAUUUUCGGAAGGUUCAAAAUGUCGCGAAAACCUAAGGAUUUAGUUGCUUUGGUCGUCGAUUGUGGCCCGAAUAUGAGACAAGAGUAUAGAAAUGGCCAAACUUACAUGGAUUUGGUUAAAACUUGCCUGACUCAGAUCAUAGAACAGAAGAUCUUUUGUCAAUCUAAAUUUGAAUACAUUUUGAUUGGCUUAGGGAUCGAUGAUUCGAAAAAUGCAGAAAAAUCCGAAUACCCAUUUGUUGCUAGAUUGAGUGAUCUUGGUGUUGCCAAUCUCAAAUUGCUGAAAACUAUUAAAUCAUUGGAACCUACAGAUAAUGUGGGUAAAUUGAUUGAUGUAUUGAGUUAUACUGCUGAGUUAAUGCAUACGCUACCAAACCCUAAAACAAAAUAUGAGCGUAAAAAAAUUGGAUUAUUCACAAAUUUUAGUUUUACUAUAAGUGGACCUGAGGCUAUCCUCUAUUCUUGUAAUAUCGGUAAACCUCGCGAGUUGUACCUCAACGUUGUAUGCCGUUACACGUUCGAUGAGCUUUCCGCAAGACGUAAUCUUUUUCCAUGCCAUGAUCAUUUUCUUCAACUCUUGAUUAACUUGGACAAAUUAACCUCAGUUUUUACUUUUGACUUUGCUGUCUCUAGCCUGCCUUACUUUGAACCUUCUGAACAAAAUGCUGCUCCAUGGUAUACUAGAAUCUGUGUUGGACAAGAUUUGAUGUUUCCAGUCACUGGUUAUAUUAAAACCACGGAGCAUAAAAAACGAACAUGGUCAAAAGCUUAUAUUGAACCUUCUGAAAAGGAUUCACAAUAUGAACCUUCUGAAGAUAGAGAAUCUCAUCAUCAAGCCAGCAUACCGCUUUCUCGAAAUGUAAAUUACAAAACUAGCGAGGAAUCUAAUAUUGAGCUGGACAAAGAAGAGAUAGCUAAAGCUUAUCUAUUAGGUAAAAUUAUUGUACCUGUUACGCCCGAAGAUGAAGAAGCCAUGAAAUUUCAAAGCUUUUGGCCACCUGCUGUUCGAGUGCUAUUUUGGACCCCUCAGGAUAACAUCAGACAGUUUUUCUUUACUGGAUCUAGAUCAAUGAUUUUUAUUCCUGAUAUUAGAGCGAAAGAUUUCGCCCCUUCCGUUGCUUUUAAUGUAUUAACUCAUGCAAUGUUGGACGCAAAAAGUGUUGCAAUAGUUUCUAUGAUGAGAACAAUUCGAUGCAAUCCUCAAAUCGGAUGUCUUACUCCAUGUUAUAUGGGUGACUCAUUAGUUCUUAUUUAUAACCAAUUACCUUUCGCUGAAGACAUCAGGCGCUAUUCAUUUCCACCUUUGAUUGAUGAGAAAGAAAGACCACAAGAUGUCCCUUCGAACAGUGAAUUAGAUUUAGUUGAUGAUUUGAUUAAAAUGAUGAGUCUAGUUGAAAAGGACCCAUCUGGAAACCUUGUGGAAUAUCUGAAUUGUGAAGCUGUACAUGAUCCAUUUGACAGGAUUCAAUUUAAAGCCAUUGUUCAUCGAUACUUGACGCCAAAUGUUCCGCUGCCCAAAGAGAUUAUCGAGGAUCAAACGCUUACUACGCCACCACACAUUUUAAAGCGCUGUGAAGCAGUUUUUCGGAAUCUCAAAGAAAAGUUCAAAUUAGUCGAAACUUUAAAGCGGUUUUCAUCCCAACAGAAUUCAAACAAUAUUUGCAACCCACCGAAGAAGAUAAAAUCUGAAAGCGAUUUAGAAACGCUGACUGAGGUAUCCUUAAACAAAGGCCUAAUAGAAUCAGAAAAUGGAGUUGAUAAAUCGAGUCUAGAGCUAGACAGCGCAACAAUGGAAAUGUUUACCAAAUUCACUCAGCAACUGAACGAACUAGCCAAAGAUCUUCUUGGUUUCAACGAUGGUAAAAUAAUCAAAAUUAUUGAGGAGUAUCGAAAAAAAAGUAUCGAAUUCAAUGCUCCGUAUGUUUUUAAUCAGUUCAUGAUGAGUUACAAAAAACAAAUAUCUCAUAAGUCAGUCUGGAAGAUGAUAGUUAAGAAACAAAUUACAUUGAUUUCCAAUAAAGAGAUUAGUGCUAGUGAAAUAUCUCCCGAUGAAGCUAUGCAAUUCAUCAACUGAUUUGUUUUCAAAAAUUGCAAUUAUUCACCAAUUCGAUUUGAGUCCAGCGUUAAAUUUUGUAAAAUUUUAUUGAUACUUUCAUAAAUAUGAAUAAAAGGUUUAUUUCUUA